AUGGCAUUGCCAGGUAUGGUUUCAGCAUUAUUGGCUCCAAAGAUGAUUCAUUCACAUUUAAGAUUGCAAAGUAUCACAUUUUUCAACAUGAUGCUGGAAGUUCUUAUCAAAAAAAGCGAAUUAAAAAUUGUAAAAUUAAUACGAAAAUCAAAAAUAUUUUGUACAUUUACAUUUAUGAUAAUCAGUGGAAUUAUCAUGAAUUUCCUCCAAAAAGGAAACAUAAACCAGUUUUGGUUAAUUAGUCCUGCGAAAGUUAAAAAUAAUGAAAAUACGAAGCAUUGCUCACAUGAAGGAAAAUCUUGUUUGAAUUACUUGAAAGACGGUAUUAUAAAGUACACGACUCUCGGACUCAUAUUAGAAAUUUCACGACGAUGCAUCUCCUUGUUUUCUAUUCUAUUCAAAAAUCCUUUCAAAUUUUUAUCUACUGUUGUGUCAAGUUUGAAAUUUCGUUUAACAUUGUUUUUAGCGUGCUACGUCGGAAUAUUUAGGAUGGUUUCAUGUCUCUUAUGUUUUUCUAAGAAAAAAGACAGUCCAGAUCAUAGCAAAAUAGCAGGUUUUUUCAGUGGAAUCGCCUUUUUUAUAUAUCCUCAAUAUCAAAUUUACACAUUGGCUUUAACUAAAUGUGUAGAGAUAUCUUGGAAUUAUGCUUCUCAAAAAAUUAAAUCAUCAAGUUCUUCAACUUUAUUGUUCAGCCUUGUGAAAAGGAUACAGACUGUGCCGAUCUUAUGGUUGAUGAGGUUUAUAUCGUUGGGCGUGAUGUACCACACUGCUCUCUUUUAUCCACACUUAAGUCCAGCGUUCAACCACAAGGCUUUUAAUUUAUGUUCUAACGACGCGUAA